UCUCACGUGACCCCUGACUGCUAAAAACAGCUCCAGCACCCACUCUGAACCUGGGCCUGAAAUCAUGUCCUCCACCAAAAGAAACGUAAAGGACACUUGAUCACACAAUCCUUGGAAUUAUUUCCAGGAAACAGUCGCAGAAACCAUUCAGAGCACCCCUUCCCUGGCAGCACACACGGGGACGGCCAGGAGAUGAGCGCUUCUUUGAAUUACAAGUCUUUUUCUAAAGAGCAGCAGACCAUGGAUAACUUGGAAAAGCAACUCAUCUGUCCGAUCUGCUUAGAGAUGUUCACGAAACCCGUGGUCAUUCUCCCCUGUCAGCACAACCUGUGUAGGAAAUGUGCCAGUGAUAUUUUCCAGGCCUCUAACCCGUAUUUGCCCACAAGAGGAGGCACCACUGUGGCAUCAGGGGGCCGAUUCCGCUGCCCGUCCUGUAGACAUGAAGUGGUUUUGGACAGACAUGGGAUAUACGGACUCCAGAGGAACCUGCUGGUGGAAAAUAUCAUUGACAUCUACAAGCAGGAGUCCACCAGACCAGAAAAGAAGUCGGACCAGCCCAUGUGUGAGGAGCACGAAGAGGAGCGCAUCAACAUCUACUGUCUGAACUGUGAAGUCCCCACCUGCUCUCUGUGCAAAGUCUUUGGGGCACACAAGGAUUGCCAGGUGGCUCCCCUCACUCACGUGUUCCAGAGGCAGAAGUCCGAGCUCAGUGAUGGCAUUGCUGUCCUUGUGGGAAGCAAUGACCGAGUCCAGGGAGUGAUCAGCCAGUUGGAGGACACCUGUAAAACCAUUGAGGAAUGCUGCAGAAAACAGAAGCAGGAACUUUGUGAGAAGUUUGAUUACCUGUAUGGCAUCCUGGAGGAGAGGAAGAAUGAAAUGACCCGAGUCAUUACCCGAACCCAAGAAGAGAAAUUGGAACAUGUCCGUGCUCUGAUCAAAAAGUAUUCUGAGCAUUUGGAGAAUGUAUCAAAGUUGGUUGAGUCAGGAAUCCAGUUCAUGGAUGAGCCGGAAAUGGCCGUGUUUCUUCAGAAUGCCAAAACCCUAUUACAAAAAAUUUCUGAAGCAUCGAAGGCAUUUCAGAUGGAGAAAAUAGAACAUGGUUAUGAGAACAUGAACCACUUCACAGUCAACCUCAAUAGAGAAGAAAAAAUAAUACGCGAAAUUGAUUUUUACAGAGAAGAUGAAGAAGAAGAGGAAGAAGAAGAAGAAGGAGAGGGAGAAAGAGAAGGAGAACGAGAAGGAGAAGAGGUGGUAGAGGUGGAAAGGGUAGAAAAUGUUGGAACAGAGUCGUCAGGAGCAGAUGAAAGUCCGGAGAAAGGCUUGCAGCCCUCUCAGCUGGCCUCGGAGCUCCAGGCUGCCCCAGAGCCACUUCCGGUUUCCUCUCCAGAGCCACCUCCAGCCCUGCCACCUGCUGUGGAGGCCCCGGUGACACAGGGGGAGGUUGUGCCCACUGGCUCUCAGCAGACCACAGAGUCUAAAACUCCAGCCCCUGCAGCAACGGACACUGCGGAUCCCUUGUUUUACCCUAGUUGGUAUAAAGGCCAAACCCGGAAAGCUGCCACCAACCCACCUUCCACCCCAGAGAGCGAAGGUCUGGGGCACGUAGGGCCGCCAGGUUCUGAGCCUUCGAAUGUGCAGAAAGCAGAAGUGGCAGAAGCCGCAGCCAGUGAGAGGGCAGCAGUGAGUGGUAAGGAAACUAGUUCACCUGCAGCUACUUCUCAGAUUGGAUCUGAGAACCCUCCCCUCCAGGGACAGGCUGCAGCUUCAGGGAGUGGGACAGGAGCUGACUCUGAGCCAGCUCGCCACGUCUUCUCCUUUUCCUGGUUGAACUCCCUGAAUGAAUGAUGUUCAUUCCAGCUGCUGCCCCUCUGUCUGCCUGGCUGAGAUGCACACAGGCACAGGGAACCUUCAUGAAAUUAGCAUGAUGCAGAUGAUGAAAGGGACCUCUGAACAGGAUUUCUGCCCAACAAAGCCCUUUAAUUCCAGAUGACUUAUCCAACACUUUGAAGGAAAACAAUACUCUCAGAAAAUAGUUGCAGAAAAUAUUUGAAAACAGAAACUUGAUCUUAUGCAAAUCUUUUAUUGUGUGGGAAAUAUUAUGAAGGGUAUGUAGGUGUGGUAUGUGUGUGUGUGCGUCAGUAACAAGUGGCAAGUGUUGAAAAGUAUGCACUACACUGUCGUCUCUAAUAGGCAUUGCUUUUGUUAUUACAUCAUAGUAGCUCUUACUCUCCUUCCCUUUAACAAUGCAGGUGGUCAGUGAAAUUCAGUGUUAAUUCAAAAGUGACUGAUUUAUCAAUUUAUGGACAAAAGGUAAAUCAUUGACCAAAGGUAUGAAAUGUUUCACAAAGGCUUCCUCUUUUCCAUAAGAGAUAUCACUGGAUGUAUAUCCAGAAAUGUUCUUUGACUCUGGUGACACUUUACAGUCCAGAAGGCUGAAGGCCUAGGACAUGUCUUGUGAUGUUUUUCUAAUCUUAGCUUUAGAUAUGCAGAUACCAGACACUUUAGUUAAAAAAGACUUCCCAAGAGGAACUGUCUGGUUUCUCAACUUUCCACUGUGGCACCAAUCAGUGAACCACUGAGAACAACUGCAUGUAUUUAAAUAUAUAUACACACACAAUUCACAUUUUAUAUUUAUAUGUAUAUAUUUAAAUCAUGCUUUAUUUGUCCCACCACAAUGCCUCCUUCAGAACAUAAGUAUAACUUUACUCUGUAUGAACUCAAAUAAAUGCUGUUUUUAACAACUCAGUCUUAUAAUGAUUUAUUCAGUGUUUCAUAUUAUCUUAUUAAUCCAUUAGUCAAGUGUAUUUCAAGGGUCCCAAGGGAAGAAGCAUCUUCAUAUAUCCAAAAUAAUUUCAAAGUAUUCAACAUUCAAUUGAAUUUUUUAAGUUAUAAGUAAACUAUCAAAGGCGAAUGCAUUGUAAAACUAAUUAGAUGUGCUGUUCAGUUUUAGAAAUGAGUAGAGAUAGUUUAUAUUUCCAAGAAUUAAAGUGAUUAAGAUUGGCAUAGACAUAAACGAGGAGGGGAUUUAACAAAGUUAUUAAAGUCUAAAUAUUCUUUAUAAGAAAAAUAUUCUCAGCUGCAAUUUUAUAGCAACUAAAUUUAGUUAAGUGGAGAGGCUAUCAAGUUUCUCCGCUUAGAAGUAGGCAUUGGAAAAUAGCUUAGGAAAAAAAAUACUUUAUGGUACCAAAGUAGUAGCCUUUUUUUAGAAAAAAAAAAUGCAGCAUGCUGGCUCUCUAGUCUGCAGGAAGCCCCGCCUCAACCCUUCUCCUCUUUGCUUUCCUCCCUCCUCAUCCUCCCCAAUUAGUUCACGUCUUAUAGUUAAUCAGGGUUAAAUGUUAUUUCCAUUAUGAAUCAAUCUUCCGUUUACAGAAUUACCAAGUCUUGGAGCUGGAAGCAACUUCCCAAAUUAUUUAACUCAAUCUCAGGGGAGUAUUCUGAGGUACAGAGAUGAGCCCAAGGCGCUUGCUGGAUCUGUGUUAAGCUACUGACAUGUUUGU